AUGGCUCAUCCAUGUAGCGCCUGUAUGGCUUCUCUCGAGCCCGAGGAUGGCCACGACUGCUGCCCCUCUUGCCUUGGUCUCGAGCAUUUGAGGGAGGGUCUCACGCAGGACGCCUGCAUGAACUGUAGCUGCAUGCCUUGGGCGCUUAGAGCGGCCAGAGUCGCAGAGGUGGAGCGUCUGGCAGAAGCCAACGGACACCUCUCUUUGUCGCAUCUUCCCCUAGGUCAGUUUGGCCGUUCCCGGCGACCCGAGGGAGCGAUGGCUACGGGUUCGCCCCCUAACAGGCUGUCCUCUAAGGUGGAUCGGUUAGCCGCCGACAUGGACAUGAUGAAGUCGCUCCUCUUAGCCCUUCAACCAGGGGCCGGUAUAGGGGCUGCUGGCUUGCCGCCUGCCCCUCCUUCGGUUGCCGCACCUCUGCAUGAGGAUGCCAUGUCACUAGCGGCCUCGGCUAACCUCUUCAACGAAGAGGUGGAGGACGAGGCCCCGCUCACUCCCGGGGAGGCUUCCCACUCCUCUGCUCAGGGCUCUCUGCAGGGCGUGGAGGACGCCUCCAUGGCGGCCAUUAUUCGUGCGGCCCUGGCACACUUGCAGCUUCCUGUUCCGCAGGCCGACGCGGCUCAGGCUAGCGCCUUCUUCAGGCGUAGCCCUACCCCUGUCCCCCUCUCUGUUCCUCCUUCAGAGGAGUACCUGAGGGAGCUCCAUGCAUGCUGGAGAGACACCAAGGCCCUCUCCCGCUUCAGCUCUGAUGGCCGGACCCUGGCUGCCAUGCAGGAUCCGGCGAGGGUGGGGCUGGGUCGCAUGCCACCCAUCGAGCCUGCCAUCGCCUCCCUGAUUCUGGCUCCUGAUGAGGCCCUAAGGCCUGAUGCCAGGUGCCCUCUGCCUCAGUCCAGGGUCACUGACGAACUGCUCUGUAAGGCCUACGACGCAGCGGCACGCAUGGGUCGUAUCGGGAACUCUCUCUCCCAUCUAAUGCUGGCCGCCUCCGCCUCUCUGCAGCAGAGCGUGCUGCCCAAGCUAGACAGACCAGGCAGCAGCUCUCGGGUCUACGUAGGCCUGUGCCUACUCCCAGCAGGCCCAGGGGCCCCUCUAGCAGCCGCACUCUGCCACUGGCUUUCAGUGGUGGUCUGCGGAGGUCCCAGCGGUCUACUCAACCGCCUCCUAAUGACUUUCGUGCCCCCGGUCGCCAGCCCUCUAGGCAGCCCCAGGCCCCACAGCCUUACCGCCGCCCCCCAAGGGGUCGGGGGGCUAGGCCCUGAAGUCCCUGGGCCGGUCGUCGGCUGCUUUUCCCAGCAGCAGCUCAGCUACUGGGCUGCCUGUACUACCGACCCUUGGGUGGUUUCCACCCUAACCCAGGGAUACGAAUUGCAGUUUCGACGCCGGCCCCUAGCCUUCGGCCGGGUCAAGAUGACAGUUGUCAGCGACCUGGCGAAGGCCUUAGCUCUGGCCCAAGAGCUGUCCGUCCUCUUGGCCAAGGGCGCAAUCGAGCCAGUGGACCCCCUGCUUCAGUCCGGGGGGUUCUACUCGGCGUACUUUCUGGUGAGCAAGAAAGUCGGCGGAUUUCGUCCAGUACUGGACCUCAGAGGAAUCAACAGAUUCCUGAGGGUGCUGCCCUUCCACAUGCUGACCAGAGCAGACACCCUCCGUGUUGUUGCACAGGGGGAGUGGUUCACAACCGUGGACUUAAAGGACGCCUACUUCCACGUGCCGAUUGCGUCCCACCACCGGAAGUUCCUGAGGUUUGCCUUUCAGGACCAGCAUUAUCAGUUCCGGGUGCUUCCCUUCGGUCUCUCCCUCUCUCCAAGGGUGUUUACCAGGGUCGUGGCGGCAGCCCUCGCACCCCUGCAGGCACAGGGCAUGAAGGUCCUGCCGUACCUAGACGACUGGCUGGUUUGUGCGCCGUCCCGGUCCCAAGUGGCCCAGGAUACGGCGCGCCUCUUAUGUCACGUAGCCCGGUUGGGCCUGACAGUAAACUCCGGGAAGAGCUGCCUGGUCCCCUCCCAACGGGUCACUUACCUGGGGUUGGUCCUAGACUCGGUCGCCAUGAGGGCUUGCCUAACACCUCGUCGUGUGGACGACAUUUCCCACCUUCUCCCCAUCUUCAGGCUGGGCAAGAGUGUGCCUUACAUUCAGUUCCUCCGGCUCUUGGGCAGACUGACGGCUGCCUCAGCCGUUGUGCCCUUAGGUCUGCUGUCGCUGCGCCCUAUGCAGAUAUGGCUGAACAGCCUUCACUUGGACGCCAAGUGGCACAGGCACAGGAGGGUCAGGGUGUCGCGCCAGUGCCUCACUCUGUCACGCUGGAGAAACAGGGCCUAUCUUCUGAUGGGAGCGCCCAUGGGCGCCAUCCCAUCCCGCCGGGAGACUGUCACUGUAGAUGCAUGUCUCUCAGGGUGGGGUGCUGUGUGGCAGGGCAGGACUGUUCAGGGUCUGUGGUCCGCCCAGGAAGGUGCAUAUCACAUCAACGUGCUAGAGCUUCGCGCUGUGCUGCUUGCGCUCAGGCACUUUUUACCCCAACUGACGGACAGGCAUGUGCUUGUUCGUUCGGACAACAUGUCCGCAGUUUCCCAGAUCAACCACCAGGGGGGCACCAGGUCCGCACAGCUGCUCCGGGUUUCACAGAGCCUCUUGUCUUGGGCGUCUCCCCGCUUGGCCAGCCUGCGGGCAGUCUUUCUACCAGGGGACCAAAAUCAGGUGGCAGAUUUCCUCUCUCGGCACAAACCUCCACCAGGGGAGUGGAGGCUUCACCCAGAAGUGGUGGAGACAAUCUGGAGCCUUUUCGGCAGGGCCGAGGUGGACCUCUUUGCCUCAGAGGAGUCGAGGCACUGCCCCCUCUGGUUCUCCUGGGCAGAGGUGACCAGCCCAAUGGGGCAGGAUGCUCUGGCACAUGACUGGCCAGACAGUCUCCUGUAUGCCUUCCCGCCGCAGCCGCUGUUAUUACAGACGCUUCAGAGGGUCCUUACUCAGGGGCACAGGCUCCUUCUGGUCGCCCCCCGCUGGCCGGGGAGAGUUUGGUUCCCGCUGCUACGCAGUCUCUGCUGCGGCCCACCAUGGCGCCUCCCCGACAGGAAGGACCUUCUGUCACAGCUCAGGGGUCAGAUCUGGCAUCCCGACCCUCACCGCCUCCAGCUCUGGGCUUGGCCUCUGCGGGGCCCAACCCACUGUUGAGCGCUUUUUCGGCAUCGGUCAGGGAAACUAUCCUGAAUGCCAGAGCACCAUCC